AGGCAAGUUUGAUUCCAAGGCCUUACUAUCAUAUUAUUACUAUGGAGGAAUGAUUUAUGCAGCAUUAAAGAACUAUGACAGAGCACUGUACUUCUUUGAAGUGGCUGUAACAUGUCCAGCAAUGGAUGUAAGUCACAUUAUGUUAGAAUCCUACAAGAAAUUCAUAYUGGUUUCCUUAAUACUUAAUGGAAAGAUUAGUGGUUUACCAAAAUACACUUCAAAUGUGGUGCAGCGAUUUCUCAAGCCUUUGAGUAGUCCAUAUCAUGAACUUGCAAAUACAUAUGCUUCAAAUAACCCAAGUGAUUUACAAGCAACUAUUGCAAAACACCAGGAAACGUUUGCCAGGGACAAUAAUGUUGGUUUGGUCAAACAAGUCAGAAGUUCAAUUUACAAAAAGAACAUUUUGAGAUUGACAAAGACAUUUUUGACUCUCUCACUGACUGAUAUGGCAAACAGGGUGCAGCUGAAUAGCCCACGAGAAGCAGAACAACACAUUUUACACAUGAUCGAGGAUGGUGAUAUAUACGCCACAAUAAAUCAACGUGAUGGUAUGGUAUCCUUCCACGACAGCCCAGAAAAAUAUAAUAGUCCCAAUAUGCUCAAGAAACUCGAUGAAGAGAUCCGGCAAUAUCAACAUCUUGAUGAAAAACUUCAAACUAUGGACAGGCARCUUGCGGUAAAUCCACAGUUUGUGCAAAAGACAAUGGGUAGUCAUGGUGAUGAAGAUGGUGGUAUUGGUCGAAUGAGAGAAGAUGUUAUGAUGUAAUAUAAAGCUAUUUCCUGGUUUAGACAAAAGUAUUAUAUUGCCUGGUCUAGACAGAUUAAAGGACGAUUUAUGUAUGUAAACUUGAGGUACUAUCAAGGAGAGUACAAUGCAAGUAUGAUUCUCACCAGUUAAGUUUAUGAGCACUGUUAGGCAGAGAAGGAAGUCGGUUACGAUCAUUUGAUAAUUAUUGUGAACCGGAAAGUUUACUUGAAGGUAUGAAAUGCCAAAAAAAACAAUAAAGAAAGAUUAACUGUAAAAACAAAUUAAUGGUGGCUAGCGACCCCACUUUAGGGAAAUAUAGACAUGAUAUACAUGAAUAACAGAAAAAAAAUAACUAAAAAAAGAAGAAGAAGAAGACACAAAAACAAAGAGAUUUCAUUUUUUCCGCAUUCCUAUCAAAAUUGAAUUGAAUUUAUUGCUUUUGCUUGAAUUAGUCGCCCCUCUUGCUUUAUAUGGUUCGCUUUAUAUCCGCCACUGUGUAGGUCAUCGGUUUCUUGCUUAU